CGCCACAUCACUGUUAAGAGACUCACAUGUGUUUGUGUUGUUGUUUUGAAAUAACUUUUCCUGACAAUUUUAUAGAAAUCUUGUAUUUUUGGUCGGUAUAAACGACAGUUGCAUUUACUAAAUGUUACCGAUUGAGGUCUUCACGUGUUUCCCCGGUCAGAUGUGGGACAAAGUGUUGUCAAAGGUAAAGAAAGCUGUUGUUUUCAUGGACGACAAGUGUGCUGAGAGUCUUCAUUGGAACGGUGGAGCUACAAGUGUAUUUGAGGCUGGGGCUCGUAAUUUAAAAGAGUUUUCAAGCUUCGAAGCCGGUGGUGAAAACGAACCAAAGGCUGUGUUUGUGGUGAGCACUCUGCUGAAGGGGAGGACAGCUGACAUUAUCAAAGACAUUAUUGGACUCAGUCACUUUCAGUAUUGUGUUGUUUUCACCACCGUAGCCCACUCUAUACAACUCCUCGCUAACAAUGUCACUGCUGAAUUAGAGGAGAACCCUGUGUUCCAGCAGUUUGAAGAGAAGCUGAGUGAGUGGAUGGGAGACAUGAACUACACCGCUGAAGUUAUACAUGCGCCUGUGGUCUUCACUCAGGUGUCACCACAGCUUCUUCUGACUCCAAUCUUCGCGCACCUGUUCCCACUGUUGCCACAGGACCUCUAGACCAUCAAAAUAAAGCGAACAGAGAAGAGGUUUGUCAGUUUGACUGAUUUUGACAUGCAGUCUCUUACUCCGGAGUUGCAGAUUGAAAUUAAAACCCUGACCUGUGCGGUUAAUUCCAUGUUUGAGUCCACCAGCACCCAGGAGGAGAACUUUGCAGUGGGUCCAAUGAGCCGUCUUAUUGCUGGGGAACUGGCCAACCAUCCUCAAGCAAAAAGCCGCAGAAAGACUGCCACCAAUAAAGCAUCCAUCGUCUUCAUCGACAGUGCAUAUCACAGUCUUGUACAAUGUCUGAUGUCCAUAAACAUGUCAAGCUGCAGCAGAGUCAAACACACAUGCACACUUUCCCCACAUCUCAAUGACAUAAUCUUGCUGCACCUCCCUUCCCAACAGAAAGGGUGUUUUAUUGUGACACUUCCGUAGUCCCUAUUCUAUACCACUUACACAGGAGUUUAUGUUUACUUGGACUAUGUUUUUGGUUUACAAUUCUCUGUUUGUCCUUGUCCUCAGGGGCUGCUGGUCACCAUGGUGACAGCCUGAUGGAGAAGAUCUUGACUGUGCUGCAACCUCUGCCAGGACACACCACUGAUGUUCAGGUGGACAUGCUGGAGCUCAUUAACCUGCAGCACAUCCCAGACUCCCAACCUACCCUGGCUCCAGGCUGCCUGGUACAGACCCAGUCGUCCAAAGCCUGAUUGCUAAUGGAAACGAUGCUGGCCAGUAAGCAGAAGGAGGCUGUGAUGGAGGUUCGUAGACAGCUGGUGGAGGCCGCCAGCAAGGAAAACCUGCCAAUCAAGAUGUGUCUGGGCCGUGUAACCCCGGAGCAGCUGUGUUCCUACGUGCAGCUGUUUAAAAGUAGCUGGGGGGGCUCUAGAGAGUCACUGUGGGGUGCUCCAGCUGGGCCUGGCCACCGCCCAGACCCUCCGCCACCCCACCCUGCCACGCUGGGACACCUGCCUGGCUUUCGAGAGACUGCUGCUGCAGGCUCUCGGAGACUCUGACUUUGCUGGUGUUCUGAGGCAGCUGCUGCCACUGAUGAAACCUCGCGGUGAGGAGGGGUCCAGCUCAGAGUCCAGUUCAGGUUCUCGGUCGGGGGAGGAUGAGUGUGGUCCAGACGAGCUGCUGGUGCUGCUGGUCUACCUGUACUCCCUGGCUGGAGAGGCUCUGGAGAAGGUGGAGAGGGAGCUGAUUGGAGCGCUCACCCUAGUCGUCACCAGAGAGACGGAGCUCAGCCCGCUGCUGCAGAAACUCACCAGUUAGGAGGGUGGGGGGCAGGGGUGAAGGGAACUGUGGGGUGGAUCUUGGCUGAUGGGGUCGCUGGUUUGCGUAUGUUUGAAAUAGUGGAACCUAAAAUUGCACCAUUCUCUUGAUAAGACUCAACUGAA